AUGUCGGCUACUUUUGGAGCUGGAUGCUCCAACCAUAUUAUGGCUUCGGCCUUAUCAUUUCUCAAUCGCCAGACCCUUUGUGUUCCAGGGCUAUACCCCGGGUUAAUAGCUUCCGCUGGAGCACCAGAAUUUAUGAGUGGCAUGACGAGACACUAUGAAGUUGGACAGAGCAAUGCGAUUGAGCGUUUGUUGAAAUUGAAGGAAGAGUUGAGAGAUUCCGAGACUGAAGCCUUUUGGAAAUGUUUGAUGGAGGGAAUAGCGGGCAUUUGCAAUGCCCAAUGCUCUUUCGUAGCCCAGUCAAAUCCUGAGCAUGCUCAGACUCAGGGUGGCUACGAUACGGUAAUGUCAACCUCAGAACCCCCCGAGUUCCCCUAUUUAGGUGUCUGUCUGUAUUACAACGACGGCCAAUCAAUUACAGCCAUGCACAGAAACUACAAAUAUUUUUCUCGAGCUAUACCCUGCGACUUCAUGAAGCAUGAUAAGGUCUAUCUCAUUCCGGAAAAUUUAGCUCUGCACAUGGAAAGUGACCCGAACAUGUUUCCAUUCCCUAUGGAUGCCUACUUAGCGGUACCAUUGUUCUCCGACGGAAAAUGUUUCGCUCACUUUGGGUUGAUGUGGACGGUUGACGGUCGUGAGAAAUGCGAUGUAUCCUGGGCAUAUCUUGAGAUGAUCCUACAUUCCAUGGAAGAUUUAGUACAGCACCGCCUCCUAAACGAGCAGAGCUAUAAGAAAGCAGUGUCUGUCCAGGUUAAGGAUGAACAGCAUCGACGAGGGAGAGGGAGUAGAGCUUCUGCCUAUCAUUCUGCUGCCGGCGCACACUCUGGCAUACACUAUUUCAAACCAUAUGCGCGAAGCUUAUCCCACGAGCUGAGGACACCAAUGCAAGGUGUUGUUGGAAUGCUGGAUGUCAUGCAUGCCAACGUGCAGGAAUCAAUGGAGAAACAUUUCGACCCACUUUUAAACCCAGUAUUUCAGGAGCUCAAAGACAACAUCGAGGCCAUUCAAGAUAGCGUUCGGAGAGCAGUGGAGGCCGCAGAUAAUAUCGUGCACGCUUAUGAUCUGAAUAUGCAAGUGCCUGAAACCCCCGAAAAUGGUUCCGAGAAGGAUUACUCUCCCGACCCCUUUCGGUCUUUCAGUGGGGCAUACGAUUCUCGCCCAAACAUUCUCAUUGAAGGGAGCAAUAUUGCCGUAAAUCCUUACAAACGGAGAAGGAGCAGUACUGUCAAUUGGAGUUAUACCUCCCCAUUUACAUCUAAAUCAUCAGAACUGCCUUCUCUAGAGCUACCUCGACGAGAGCUCUCACCCCGCAGUGCAGGUGUCAAGACUGUGGUUGAAGAGAGUGGCAAGAUUGUUCAAGCUGACCCACGGGUUGAGGAAGACAGCGAAGUCAAAGAAGCUCUGAUAAAUGCACGGCGUCCUUCGAUAUCCGGACAGUUCUCAUCCUCCAGCGUAUCUCUUAGGCAGAGGGUUUUCCCUCCAAUGACACUACAAUGCACCAGAAUCCGUGAGAUUCUCCAACCCUUAAUUAACGAAUCGCUUCACGUCGGUGGCCGCCCGGAUUCUGCUCUAGUUGAACCGACUAUGUUCGGUCAAAAUAUUGAGAUUAAAUCAAAGUCUUCGGAUGGGCGAGCUUCAACGAAAAUCAUCCAAUGGUCUGUCGACCCGUCAGUGCCGGACAUUUUAUACGUUGAUGAAAGGGACUUUACCAAGCUGGUGUCUUGCGUCUUCAUUAAUGCUCUCAAGUUUACAGAAUCUGGAGAAAUCACACUUCAUACGAAGUUGAACACUUCGGGUAGGUGUGUUUUGAUCAAGAUCAGUGACACUGGGACCGGUAUUCCUGAGGCUUUCCUUCCAAACCUUUUCCGGCCGUUUGCUCGUGAGGACGACUCUACAACGAGGAGCAGGGAAGGCCUAGGACUUGGCUUGUUGGUUGCAAAGGGCCUGUGCAGAAAGCUUGGUGGUGAUUUGAGAUGUCUUCGUUCAUCUACUAGGGAACCGGACCGUGGAUCUGAAUUUGAAAUCCGGCUACCCAUAAACCCCAACGACUGUCUCAGUCGACCAGGGACACCGCACGCCGAGCCUUCGCCUCCUCAACGGAAUUCCAAUGUAUCCCCAGGCAUCAACACUGCAACGGAAGAAUUGAAAACGGUCAGAAAUAGCCCAGAAACUUCUCAUUUGCAUAUCUCCCCAAACCGUCCAUUCCCCUCAACAGCGAACAGUGGCGCUACGAAAGGGGGUUGGCUGGGUAGCCCCAGUCGUCUACCAAUGUCGUCCAGGAACUCUAGUCUUCUCUCCUGGAACAGUUUUGACCGACAGCUGGCCGACAAACAACCCCUCACCUUCCUCGUGGCAGAAGAUAACAAAAUAAAUCGACGAAUUCUCGUCAACAUGCUCUCUAAAUUAGGAUACAAUGAUGUCUACGAGGCGUUUGAUGGUAGAGAAGCAGUUCGCAUUAUGGGCGAUAUCCUAUUGAAUGACAUCCCCUCCGGUCCAACACAGCCUCAAAGCCCCUCCAGUCGAAGUUUCUCUGAAAGGAGCACAGAUACCACGACCUCUCUCAUAGAAAAUUGCGAAAUUUCUUUGCUUCAUGAACCCAACAAUCAAAUUCCCACAAGACCGAAAUUCGUCGAUGUCAUCCUCAUGGAUCUCUGGAUGCCAGGCAUGGAUGGCUACCAAGCAACCGAGAAAAUACUAGAUAUGGUCGAAAACUAUCGCGUUCGACUAAAGAAGCAGAAGCCGAACAUCCUGCUUCCACCCAUCCCAACUGUUUUGGCAGUAAGCGCUGACGUGACGGACGAAGCAUUGAGCAGGGCUACGAUGGUAGGCAUGGAAGGUUACAUGACGAAACCAUACAAAUUAUCCGAUUUGGAGAGGCUGAUUGUGGAGUUCUGCGGUCAUCGCCAGUCGUGGGAAAUGUGA